AUGACUGACCAGGCUCUCGUCCGCCACGAAAUCGCCACAGCCUCCUUCCGCCUCUGCUCCGACGAUGACAUUGAGGAAGAAGAAGACGACGACCAGGCCCACAUCGUCCAGUACACUCUCACACUCACCCCCUGCCCCCUGGCUACUGAAAUCUUCAUCCUCAAACUCCUCGACACGGACGGGCAUCUAUUUUAUUGCACUUUCCACGAGGAGAGGGAGCCGUGUGUUUAUCGUAGACCGGUAAGUGAUCUUAUUCAAGUAUGGCAUCCGGACAAAGUGGAGGGUGGAGUGUUUUGUUUGCAUGUUGCUAAGCGGGGAAGGAGAAUCAGCGAGGCGGAGGUUAAGUUAGUGGAGAGGGAGUGGAAGGGGAAGGUUACAGAGAUUUUUGGGAUUGAUCUGGAGGCGGAAGAAGUAGUGGAGGACAGUAGCAAAGCCUUGGGGGAUGGGUCGGGUGGCAAAGGUCCUACCAGAGAUAAGGAAUUGGGGCAGUGCGGCGUACGAGCAGCCGAUGAGAUUGGUAACCAAAUGCCGAAGAUGCAACGUAGUGCGAAGGGUGGCCUGGUAUCACAGGCUGGCUCAAAUAAGGAGCAGCCGACCAAACCUACGGCAAGCUCCAAGGAUGAUGGCCAGAGAAUACAAGAGGCCACGGUCACCACAACGAGUAGUGACGAUGCGCACAAAGCUGCUGAAUUGAGCAAGACGGAUACCUUAUCAAACCUCAGUGCACUAGGACGACGCGAAGGCAAGAAGCUGGCCACUAGGGAUGACCAUUCAGGCCCAGUGGGAGCAGUCGGAUCAAGAACAGCCUCGCAGGUCGAUGGUCUAACGCGAGGGAUCGAAGCACCACGGACGAAGACGUAUAAAGGCGAGCACGUCGGACAGUCUAUCGUCCGUGAGCCAAAAAGCCAGUCAAAGAUUAUCGGCUGGCGUGGAACAGCCACCGAAGUCACCAUUUCAUUGCGCUUCGUCCUGGAUGGCACUCCGCUGAGCCCUCGGAUUUGGCAGCCGAUAACAGACAUUGUUGUCCCAAGAACGACGACCAUGCAAGACUUGCCAUCCCGCUUACUGAUUUUCAUCCAUCAGCUAGGUGCUGGUGAUCACGCUCUGAUGGCUGACAUGCGUGAGAAGUGGUAUCGGCUCACGUUCGUCUUGAAGCCUGAGCUUGGUGACGAGCGCGAUGCGUAUCUCGACUUUACCACGGGUCGGGUGCCAUUCGAAAGCGUCUGUGAUCUGCUCCGUGAUCCUCACAACCUCCAGGAAUCCAUUGCCAUGGCUGUUGAGUUCUCAGGCACCAAUGUCGACAAACCCAUCUCGACUGUCGAAGGAGCUCUUCAACCCCAAAAGAACAGCACCAGGCGUAUUUGCCUAGGUACAAUCCACGGCAGAUUGACAGAUCAAGAUCGUCCAGAUCGUAUCCCAACGAGCGUGGCCAUCGUCGGAUCGAUAGAUAUGGACAAGCGAACAACCAUGUCACUUUCCAUUGUCCCGGUGUUUCUCCUGCAGAACCUAGUUGUCGGUGACGCUGGGGCAGGCGAUACGCUAGCUUUUCGUUCCGACUAUGACUGGAGAGAUCGUUUCACUGGUGUGAAGUCGAAGGAAGAGUUGCUGAUGAGGGUGAACGAGCAUGUUGAUGAUGAGGGAGAAACAGACGAGCUACCAACAGCACUAUCCUACUGUUUCAGUCGAUUUGCGGACUUCGGUCGUCUCGCUGCGUGGCCAAAAGAUCGCGUACACAUCACUGUACGCUACGUCGACCUCGUACCGAACGACGGGACGAGGGAAGGAUCGAUGCCGACGCAACAGCACUUUCUUUUGGUGUCUAGUGAUACACCGACGUCCGUCCAUAAGAUAGUCUUGGACAGGAUGGCGGGGACAGCUGAAGCGAAGGGCCUGUUUUCUGCUGGAGAUGUUGAGAAAUGGAGAAUGGUGAUGUUUGUUUUGCCGCAGAUAGAGGAGAUGGCGAAGAUGUUUCUGUGGGAAGAGGGAUCGAUUGGACAGUUUCUUGGUCUGGCUGGAAAUGGGACGGUCGGGAGGUUGCUGGUUGAGGCUCAUGUUGUUGCUAGGUAA